UCGCCACCAAAGACAUUGCUAUAAAUAGCUUUCGAUUUUUGAUAUCUCACAAUAUGUGUCGAUUUUUGUGGCUUUCAAGUUCGUUUUCAAUAGAGGACCGAUAAAGUAGGAACCUAUCGUCAGACUACCGAUUACUGAAUCAAAAUGGCGAAACUAAUUCUGAUUUCUCUGCAAGCUGUAUUUGCAAUUACCGCUGUGCUAUCAACGAAUGCACCAUCUGGAAGUUCUGACUUCAAAUACAUCGGGUCGUUCAGAUCUAGAUUGGAUGUUCAGGGAAGAAGCACACAGCUGUUUGAUGAGAGUAAUUAUUACGUCAGUCAGAAUUGGGGUGCCUGGAAUACUGCCGAGUUUGAUUGUGAACGUUUGCUAAAUACUAAAUUACUUGCUGUAGAAACGGAAGAAGAAUGGAAGUUCAUCAAAGAAAUGCUCAGAAAUUAUGGAUUUGGAACGUCCUACUGGACCAGUGGACAGUAUGCUCUAAAUGAAUUCCGUUGGUCAGCGACGAAUAUUGCAUUGGCACCAUUUGCACCAUGGGAAAGAGGUUAUCCGAAGAAAGCGAACGCCGGUGUGGGUGUGUUAAUUAAUUAUAUAAAUCGUUACAAUGCCACUUGGAGUACCGUUCCAUACACACAGUUGCAUCGAUAUAUUUGCGAGGAAAGGGUACCAGCUCCGUCAGUAAUAGCUCCACCUUGCUAUCAAACCAAUGACCUAGUGAUUGUACUCGAUUCAUCGGGAAGCAUCGGAAGCGGAAAUUUCGAAAAAGCAAAACAAUUUGUAGAACGCCUGAUCAGCGCAUUCACCGUUUACAGUCCGAAUCGAGUUUCUUUUGUGACGUUUUCGCAUUUCGCUACCACUCACAUCGACUUAACGAGUGGAUUAAGUCCUGCAGACAUAAGUUCGACGAUUUUGAUGACACAGUUUGAAGCUGGUAGCACUAACACCCAUUGGGGAAUUGAGUUGGCAACAGAACAAUUGAUUUCGUCUUACCGAGGAGUUCCAAUGAAUAUGGUCAUAUUAACGGACGGCGAAUCCAAUUUGCCGUCUAAGACUGUUGAAGUUGCAAAAGAAGCUAUCAGUCGUGGCAUCCGGACAAUUUCCGUUGGCAUAACACAGUACAUCAAUCAGAACGAACUGCUUGAAAUGGCUGGAAACGAUAUUAGUCGAGUUUUUACAACAGAUAAUUUUGAUCAACUGAUCAAUUUGUUGGCGCCACUUAGUCUUAAAAUAUGCUCGUCGAAUGAAUUAGUGAAUUAAUUGCUCGUCGAGAGA